AUAUAUAAAAAAGGGAAUUGUGUUGUAAUGUACAAUAUAUUUAUACUUAUGAGUUUAUCAAAUUUCAUUUCUACUUUUACAGAAUUGUUCUAGCAGAUGUUGGAUAUUUUGGUUUUUUCACUUUCACAUUGUAUUUUUCAAUGCCAAUGUGUCAGUUGAAUGGUUAAAACUCUGAAGCACAGCUGCAGAGAGUUCAUUCGCUCUGAAUUUUACGUUCUGUAGUUUUGUAUUGAAGACGUGGCAGUAGAUAAUCAUGUGUGGAAUCUUUGCGUACCUGAAUUACCUGACUCCCAAGUCUCGCCGAGAGAUCCUCGAGCUGCUCGUGAACGGCCUCAAGCGGCUGGAGUACCGCGGCUACGACUCCGCCGGCGUGGCUCUCGACACGCCCGACGGCAAGGACAUAGCCAUCGUCAAGAAGAGCGGCAAGGUGAAGGCUUUGCAGGACGAGAUCGUCUCCAAGGGCGAAUCGCUGCAGAUUGACCUGAGCACCGACUGCCACGUGGGCAUUGCUCACACCCGUUGGGCCACCCACGGUGUUCCAAGCGAGGUCAACUCCCAUCCGCAGCGGUCUGAUGUCGGCCAUUCGUUUGUCGUCGUGCACAACGGCAUAGUGACCAACUACAAGGAUGUGAAAUUGUUCUUGGAGAAGAAAGGCUAUUGUUUUGAGUCGGAGACUGACACUGAGAUAAUUGCGAAGCUGAUCCAUCACUUGUACACUCAGCAUCCAAACUAUUCGUUCCGUGAACUGGUGGAGCAAGUAAUUCAACAGUUGGAGGGGGCAUUUGCACUGGCAUUCAAGAGCAGGCAUUUCCCUGGCGAGUGUGUAGCCACGCGUCGUGGCAGUCCGCUGCUUGUUGGCAUCAAGGCCAAGACGCGCUUGGCCACUGACCACAUCCCGAUCUUGUACAGCAAGGAUGAUACCAAAGUAACAGAUGCAGACUCUCAAAAUCCAGACCAUCGUCCGCAUGGCAGGGGUGACAUGCCCAUAUUGCCCCGCUCAGACUCCACCGCCGAGUUCCAGCCACUAGAAGACAAGGAAAUAGAGUACUUCUUCGCUUCGGAUGCAAGUGCUGUUAUCGAACACACCAACCGCGUCAUAUUUCUAGAGGAUGAUGAUGUGGCAGCAGUGAAGGAUGGCAUGUUGAGCAUCCAUCGUCUUCGAAGGUCAUUGGAUGAUUCUCACUCUCGUGAAAUUAUCACCCUGAAGAUGGAGAUACAACAGAUCAUGAAAGGUAACUACAGCUCCUUCAUGCAGAAGGAAAUCUUUGAGCAGCCAGAAUCUGUCGUGAACACGAUGAGAGGUCGAGUAAACUUCGAGGAUAACUCAGUUAUCUUGGGAGGCAUAAAGGAAUACAUCCCGGAGGUUCGCCGCUGCCGCAGGCUGAUGCUUAUUGGCUGCGGCACGAGCUACCACAGCGCCAUUGCCACGAGGCAGCUCCUCGAGGAGUUGACCGAGCUGCCCGUCGUCGUGGAGCUGGCCUCGGACUUCCUGGACCGGAACACCCCCGUCUUCCGGGACGACGUGUGCUUCUUCAUCUCCCAGUCGGGGGAGACGGCGGACACUCUGAUGGCCCUGAGGUACUGCAAGAACCGCGGCGCCCUCAUCAUCGGCAUCACCAACACGGUGGGCAGCUCCAUCUGCCGCGAGUCGCACUGCGGCGUGCACAUCAACGCCGGCCCCGAGAUCGGAGUCGCCUCCACCAAGGCCUACACCUCGCAGUUCGUGUCGCUGGUCAUGUUCGCGCUGGUUAUGAGCGAGGACCGCAUUUCCCACCAGCAGCGCAGAGCCGAGAUCUUCAACGGGCUGAAGCACAUAGACGAGCAGAUCCGCGAGGUGCUCAAGCUGGACGAGGAAGUGAGCAAGCUGGCCAAGGACCUGUACACCCACAAGAGCCUGCUCAUCAUGGGCCGCGGCUACAACUUCUCCACCUGCCUCGAGGGAGCUCUGAAAGUGAAGGAAUUGGCGUACAUGCACAGCGAAGGUAUUAUGGCAGGCGAGUUAAAGCACGGGCCUCUCGCUCUUGUCGAUAAGGCAAUGCCUGUAAUUAUGAUCGUCACCAGAGACCCUGUUUAUGUGAAAUGCAUGAACGCCCUGCAGCAGGUAACGGCCAGGGAAGGUCGUCCAAUUGUGAUUUGCGAGAAGGGAGACACAGAGACCCAGAGCUUCUCUUCGAAGACUCUGGAGGUGCCUCACACGGUCGACUGCUUACAGGGCCUUUUGACAGUCAUUCCAAUGCAACUGUUGUCAUACCACAUCGCCGUGUUGCGUGGGUACAACGUUGACUGUCCAAGGAAUUUGGCAAAAUCUGUCACUGUUGAAUGAAGACUUUUUGCCUUCCAAGUAACUGUCUAUUGAAACUGCAUUCCUUUUUUGGCAUAUAAAUAUUUCAAGUAAAAAGUGCAGUUGCUCUGUGCAGAUGUAUCUAAGCUAUCUAUGUGUUGGACCAAUUUUUUUUUGACAUAUGAUUAAAGUGCUUGUAUAAAAUAAGUACUAUAAUUUUUUUUACACCAUUGCUGAAGGUCAUUUGUUUACAGUUUUUAUACAAAGUACCAGGAAUUACAAAUAAAAAAAAAUUAUAUUUGGUAAAAUUUAGUUUUCGUCAAGUGUAUAAAAAUUGUGUUGGUUUCCAAUUCUUCAUUAUCAAUAAUGAAUAUAAAAUUUUAUCAAUGUUAAAAUUUUUUCCUUUAAAUUUAAUAAAGAAAUUUUUUAUCAGCCUUGAAUACAUUUCUGUUCCUGGGAAAUUAUUUAAAUUUAUAAUAAAUAAUUUGAAUACAUACAGUUUUAUUCCCAUUUAGAUGUAGUAGGCUGGGGUGGAAGUAUUUUUAUAAAUGUAACUCUGUCUAGUAGAUUGGAGAAAGAAACUAGGUUACAUUUUGUAUUUUAGUCAUUCGAGUGUGGGGAAAAAAUUUUUGUAUUUGUGGAGCAAUGAUUUCCACUUAUUUUCGUCUUGCACUGUGUGUCUAUAUACGUCUUCCUCGUCAACAGGAUUUUGAGGUUCAGGAAUGUACUUAAUGUUGGUAAUUAUUGAAGUAUUUGCAAAGGCUGUAACCAAGACAAGAUUACUUAUGAAUGAGACUACAAAUUUUAGAUUAACAUCCACUCACUAUAAUUUGGAUGAUUGUUACUUUGGAAUUUAUUGUGAUUGCACUGUUAAAAAUAUGAGUAUGAAGUUAUAAUCAAAUGGGUAAUUAAUUUGUCCAAUAGCUUUAACCACAUAUGUAUAAAAUUUUUGUACAGUUUCAUCCUGGAGAAAUAUUAAAAUUGUAUGUUUUUAAACUUAGCUGGCUAUUAAAAGUAAAAAAAUUACAUAAUUGUAUGUACCGUUAUACAAAGAACUGAUCUUGUCAUUUAGAUAAUGCAAGUAACUGCUUGUAUUUCAGUUUCAAAAUUGAAUGUUGCUGAUUUUAAGUUAUCUAUAUCUAAUGUCUUGCAUACAUCUUUAAAAAUUAUAUUUGGGUUCAAAAUAAUUUCUCUGCUUGUACACUUGUCAUUCAUGAUAACCUUAAAAAAUGUACCUAAUCAAUUUAAUAAUUGCAUUGAAGCACUGAUUUAGGAUCAGUCUGUUUAAUGAAAGUUUGAAUUGACAUUUUAUGUGACUGAUUGAUAUGUAUGACUUUGUAGUUUGGUCAUGAGAUUAUGCCAUAAUGUUCAUGUAUGUAGUGUGUUAAACACUUUGAUGUGCAGCUGUGUAGUGAAGUUUUGUGAAUGAUUUGUACUUCUGUACUGUCAUAAAAUGUUGUUGGAUGAUACAUCACAUUUAUAUUCAGUUAUGUAUUUUUAUAGACAUUCAUAAGGUGUUUUUAUUAGUUGUGUGCAUUUAACUGUACUUUACAUAAAAAGAAGCACCCUUAGUGGAAGUGGGAUUGAAACAUCAAAUUUAUGUCUUAGCAUGUUGUAUAAUUAUUCUGCAGUGUGCUUUGUACUAUUUAUAAAAAUUAUUUUAUGCCAUAUUUUACAGAUAUUACUUGUUAGUGCUUUAUAUAUUUUAUUCUCAGCAUGUUAAAAAUUAUCUGCAAAUAUUUAAUAUUUUUAUGAAAGCUUUAUGGUUUUGAGUUUGAUUGCAUCCAGGUAUUUGUUGUUACUUAAUUUUACUCUCUCUGUAAAUAGUUAAAGAAUAUGAAAUAUUAUAAACUUUUUACUGUGAAAAAAAAUUAAAUGUUAAGUGAAAUUAAUAAAAAAGACAUUCCAUAAUUUUUUUAAAUAAAUACUUUAUUGUAAUAAAA